AUGAGUGUCCGACCGCGUGCGGAGACGGCCGUGCGGAGACUUCGAUGGAAAAGCGACUUUGAGAAGAAGUGUCUUGUUUCUAACUUCGAGAGGAGGGGAUGGAGAAAGGUAAUGGACGACGAGGAUGAGUACUGGAAUUUGUACUGGGCCAGCAAAGGAACGCACCUCUCUCCUCUGAUGAUGAGGUUGGGGGAAGACCAGAUGGUGAAUCAUUAUCCCAACCAUUAUGAGCUCACACGAAAGGAUCUGGUUGUCAAGAACAUCAAGAAGUACAGGAAAGAGAUGGAGAGGGCGGGGAGGGGGCAUGAGGUCGAUGACAUAGUUCCUGUUACCUUUGUGCUUCCCAACGACUAUCCUCUGUUUGUUGAAGAGUUCCGGAGGGUGGAGGCCGAACAGGGAAAGUCCACGUGGAUCAUGAAGCCAUGCGCCAAGUGUCAGGGCGUAGGGAUCUUCCUCAUCAGCAAGCUGUCUCAGAUCAAGAAGUGGGCAGUGAAGAACGGAGAGGCUACCGGGAGAGAUCAGUACGUCGUGUCCAGAUACAUCGACCAUCCACUGCUGGUCGGUGGAAGGAAGUUUGACCUUCGAAUCUACGUGCUCGUCACGAAUUACAAUCCUUUGCGAGCAUACCUGCACUCGCAAGGUUUUGCGAGGUUCUGUACAGCGAAAUAUUCGUCAUCCCCAACGGACUUAGACAAUAUCUUGAUGCAUCUCACGAAUGUGGCGGUUCAGAAGCAGGCAGAGGAAUACAAUGAAGAUCAUGGAGGAAAGUGGCAUAUCAAGAACUUAAGACUGUGGCUGCAGGCGAUUUAUGGACAGGAGCGAACGGAAUCUUGUUUCCAUCAGAUCCGCUCGUUGAUAUAUCACAGCCUCAAGGCUACCCAGAGCAUCAUCAUCAAUGAUAAGCACUGCUUCGAGCUGUAUGGUUAUGACGUCCUCCUUGACGCCAAUCUCAAGCCAUGGCUGAUAGAGGUGAAUGCGUCUCCUUCACUCUCAGCGACUACAUCCAACGACUUGACGCUGAAGACUGGGGUUAUCAAUGAUGUUCUUAACAUCGUCUUCCCUGAUCAGUUUCCUGAAGUGAACAAGAACAAUAACAGUACGACUUCUACUACUUCGAAACUCCCUUGGUGA